GCUUUGGACUCAGCAGAGGUCUGCACAGCUCAAAAUGCCUGGCUUAAUUAAAAUGUGACACUUUCCGCUAUAAGUGGAAACUGAUGGACUUGGACAUAAACAUGGUCAACAGAAAACACCCCAGGCUUGGCAAAAGCGGGGAAAUAUGGGGAUUUUUCAUCCUCUUGCUUUACACCAGCCCUCGUUCCUGUUUUGCAACCUUCAGUCAAGCAAAAGAACAAAUCUAUAGGAUAAAGGAGGGAUUACCCAAAGGGACCUUCAUAGGAGCCAUUGGAGUGGACUUAAAUUUGGAUUUUACAGUUGACCCCCCCUAUUUAUUCAGUCUGGCUCAAAAGAGGGUCAGUGAACAGUAUGUGACACUCAAUAAUACUACCGGAGAGUUUUUUACAUCUGCGACAGAGAUUGACAGGGAGACGCUUUGUCCCUAUAACUCAGACACACAAGGAUGUUUCCUCUCAAUGGAUGUCUUUGUGCUUCCCCAGCAAUAUUUUCAGCUUAUCAAAGUUAAGGUCGUUAUUGAGGAUGUGAAUGACAACAGACCAAAGUUUCCUGUGGAUGAAAUCCUUAUAUCUGUUCCAGAAAACACACCGAUCAAUUCUCGUUAUGCGGUCGAACAGUCUGCAGGUGACCCAGACCUGGGUCUUCAUGGAGUGCAGACCUAUUGGCUUGUGAAUGACUUUGGUGUGUUCACACUCGACGUUGAGGAGAAUGAAGGAGGGGAGCUGACACCCUUCCUUAUUGUGACAGAAUUUUUAGAUCGAGAGACACAAGCUGAAUACAUCACAGACAUUAUUGCAGAGGAUGGGGGUACCCCUCCUCUACUUGGUGCAGCCACUUUAAAAAUUGUCAUCUUAGAUGUGAAUGAUAACUGUCCCCAAUUCACAGAGUCUCACCUUAAUGUAACUCUGCAUGGGAACUCCUCCAAAGGCACACAUUUGGCACGUCUGCAUGCUUUUGACCCUGACCUUGGCGAUAAUGCUCAGAUCAGCUAUGCUUAUAGUGAACGUGUGCCAAGGGAGACCAGAAGCUUGUUCCAUUUGAACAGAACUACAGGAGUGAUCAAACUAGCAGAGAAAAUAGACACAGGUACAGCCAUGUUUUACAAACUCACUGUUCUGGCCAAUGGUCCUGGUUGUAUUCCCGCUGUUGCCACUGUUGUUGUUCACAUCACCAAGGUUCAUUUGGGGCCUCCUGCUGUCAUACCUCGAUACAUUGCAUCCGAAAAAGAUGGGGUGGUAAGACUCAAGGAGUCUGAGCCAGUGUUUUCUCCUAUUGCUUUUUUUACUGUCAAAAACAUACAUGUCAAUCAAAGGGUGGAGUGCCAUUUGGAAGGCGCUGGUCCUUUUAGGAUUGGGCCCUAUCAGCUCCUCAAAAAUGAAUACCUCCUUGAAACCACAGAGCCACUGGAUUAUGAAAUGACACAGGAGUACAAUCUCAUUGUAGUUGCUGAAAAUGGUCAGGGGCUCGUCAUCAAGACUUUCCUCAAGGUGCAAAUUCUGGAUGAGAAUGACAACGCUCCAGUCUUUCAGCAGUCUUUGGUGGAAGUAUUUUUAGAUGAGAACAAUCCCCCCAACACCUAUCUUACCCAGCUCCAUGCCACAGACCAAGACAGUGGAAGCCAAGGUGAAGUCAUCUAUCUUCUUGGAGGCGAUGCCCCGGGGAUCUUUCUCAUAGAUCAUGUGACAGGCAUCCUGACUGUGACUACAUCACUGGACCGUGAGGAGAAGGAAACAUACCGCUUCAUUGUGAGAGCAGUGGAUCAGGGAACCCCAAGGAGGGAGUCACUUGCUACUGUUGUGGUGACAGUACAAGACCGCAAUGACAACAGCCCGCGCUUCAUCAACAAGGAUUUCACCUUCUUUGUGCCGGAGAACUUUCCUGGUUACGGUGAGAUCGGAGUGCUCUCAGUCAUGGAUGCUGACGCAGGGAAAAAUGGCUGGGUGGCCCUUUCCAUUCUCAAUGGCAGUGACAUAUUCAUGAUAGACACAGGCCGAGGCACACUUAGGGCCAAGACCUCGCUGGACCGAGAGCAACAGGGGACCUACCAGCUGUGGAUUGAGGCCGCAGAUGGUGGGGAACCCGCACUCUCCACUGUUACAAUGGUGACUGUGCUGCUUUUGGAUGUCAAUGACAACCCACCGAUUGUCCUUUUCCCACAGUCCAAUCAGUCCUACAUGCUGGUGCUACCCAACACCCUGCCGGGAACAUCCAUCACAGAGGUGUACGCUGUGGAUAACGAUACAGGCAUGAAUGCUGUGAUUGCAUACAGUAUCAUUAAAAGGAAGGGAGGGGAGCCUGGAUCUUUUGCCAUCAACCCCGAAACAGGAAAUAUCACUUUAGAGAGGGAACUGAGCAACCGUGGUCUCUACAGCCUUCUGGUAAAGGUCAGUGAUCAUGGUCAGCCAGAGCCACUUUACUCAACAGUUAUGGUGAACUUCUUUGUGAACGAAACAGUGAGCAAUGAAAGCUACAUCCAGAGUUUGCUGACCAGAGAGGCUGAUAUUGAAAUAGAGGAGAGACCCUGGCACAUUGGUCAGUUGAGAGAGGGACCUGAGAGGUAUGACAUGUGCCCAUGUAAACCUGCCCUCAUUGCCCUUGCAGUGACAUGCCUCGGGCUGCUCUUGUCCCUUGUUACACUGACAGGUUGCAUAUGCUUAAAAAGGUUUUCGAAGCAAAAGACAAAAUCAGAAGUUGACUUGCCUUUAAAACUCAAAAAAGACUCUACGCUGGUCAAAAAUAGGAAGCUCAGACAUGUCUCAAACAUUUAAUGUUCAGUAAUCCACACCUCUGCUUGUAUGGGAGUUUACAGCACACAUGGUGAGAAGUUAACGUAAAUUUGUUUAAUCUUAUUGCAUUUUGUCAUUACAGUAAUCCCUCGUCACUUUGCGCUUCGAAUUUUGCGGCUUAACUUGUUCACGGUUUUUCAAAAAUAUAUUAAUUAAUAAAUCAUGUAGUUUCAUGGUUAAAUACAGCCUAGUAUUAAUACAAAAAUAUACAUAUUUGGCAAAUUUGAGAUUUUUCUUGCCUAAUUAGGCAUUUUAAAACACAAAUCAUGCAAAUGUAAGGCAUUCAAAAGACCCAUUCAAAGACGCUGUGAUAGUAUGUAGUAUUCUACACUAGGUGUCAGUAAUGCUAAUAUAAUGUUUGGUGAUAAACACAAACACCAGACUUGAUCGCCGGAACAACAGGCUUUUAUAGCAGGUUUGGAUGAUCUCAUAAUAGGCACAAUAAUCCCUAACAUGAGCUACUCUUGUACUACUACUACUACUACUACUACUACUACUCAUGCCAAACUAUAACUCAACUCAGAACCCCAGACAUCACUUCCUGUCCUCCCACUUUUAGCUCCCCUAAUAACAGAACACAUUAACAGAAACACACACGAGCAUUAGUCUUAUUUAUGUCUUAAAUGGUUUAUUUUCUGCGAUUAUGUCUACUAUCUUGGGUAAUACAAGUGUAAUGGUGAUUAUAGGAGUGCUACAGUAUUUCAUGUCUAGAGGACUCUAAUAAUGUUUAAACCCGUAUUUAGAAGGUCGUAAACAGGUUUUCUAUGCUCCAACUAUGAAAAUAUUCCAUUCAUAAAUGAGAAAUCCUACUUCGUGAAAAUUCACUUAUCACGGCCGAGUAUGGAACCAGUUAACCAGGAUAAACGAGGGAUUACUGUACUUGGGACACAUUAGCUAUAUACAAUCACGGGCCACUUCAUUAAGUGCAUAAUCCAAUGAGAUCCAACACAAGUCCCGUAACAAAAAGUAUACCUAUACAGUCAUCCCUUGUUCACUGGUUCCAGACCCGACCGUGAUAAGUGAAUUUCUGCAAAGUAGGAUUCAAUAUUAAUAAAUGAAAUAUUAUCGUAGUUAGAGCAUAGAAAACAUGUUUAUAACUUUCAAAAUACAAUCUUUACCAUUAUUAGAGCCCUGUAGACAUGAAAUAACACCCCUAAAGUCACCUUUACAGUCCUAUUAUUCUUUCUUUACACAACAUUGCUCAACUGUAAUGCGCAGGCUACGGGAUCACUGCAGGGACAUGAGACGGCCAUGGCUGUAAACAUUAGCAAGCUAGCUGAGUUAACUAGUUAGCCUCCAAUUUAUUUACUGUAUGCUAAACUAAAGGUUUUAAAACAGAGUGGGAACAGGACAAAGAAGGCAAAAAAUUACCACUUCCACACUGAAUGGGAGGAGAACUUCUUUUCACUUUAUCAACUUGGACAAGCCAUGACUGUACCAGUGUAACAGUAAUCUACUGCAAUGUCAUGUCUCAAUAAUGGAACAUUACUGACAUCUAGUGGCUAGAAUACGACAUAUAGUACCUUUGUUUUUAAAAUGUUUAUUUUUGGACAAAAAGUACACCAUAGUUAACCACGAAACAGCGACCAUUUAUUAAUUCAUUCAUUUUUGAAAAAAACAAGAUAGAGCGAGGGAGCAAUAAUCGAACCGUGACGUUACAAGGGACGACUGUGCAAAGAUACAUUUUAAAUUUAAUAUUUUGUUAUAUAUUUAUUAUUGCAGUUUGUUGUGCUGUAGAAGUGCACUCCAUCACACAAAAAAGUUAUAAUAUUUUGUCUCUUUGGGCAGUUAAAUUAAUAUGGUGGCAGUGUACUUGUAAACCUCUGCAAAUUACAAAGAGACUUUUUGGUAUGUCUCAUUAGCUUGUGACAUAUGUAUUGUAGUGGCUGGUGAGUGUAUGGCCAUAUUACAUGACUGAUGCUGGCAGCACAAUUUCGCACAGCAGGAAUAUGUUAUGUAUCAUGAAGACGAAAGAAUGGAAAUAAAUUUAUUAGUGGCAUCCUAUAACAUUACAAAGAGAAACUCUUGGAAAUUAUUUAAACAUGUACGUAUUGUGCAAAAUCUUUUGCAUGAUGAAUUUUCAAGGCAAAGCAAAUAUUCACUUUUUUAUUACUUUUGUAGACAAUCCACAUUAAUAUGACAUUUGUCAGAAUAAUGCCCACCUCCAUGUAGGCACCUUUUACAUUCCUGCAUUUGAAUGUAUUCAAAGAUUGUAGCCAAUUUAAAAAUGUAUUUUCUAACGGAGCUUUUCAAAUUUGUGAAUUCAUGCUAGAUUAAAAAAAAAAAGUUUUUGUUAACUUGAGUUCAUCAGUGACUGAGAGCGUCUGCGGUGAUUCUCAUCCAUCCAUUUCAUUUCAGUGAGGACUGACUUUAGCAUUUGGACUUGUUUGCCUCGUUCUUCAGUUUUUGUUGCUUUUUCCAGUUAAACCUGUUAUAGCUGUUCUGUCCAGGGGCCAUUGUUGACAAUCACGUGCUUUUUAUAUUUUCAUUUAUGUUGACAUUGUAUAAAAAGAAGACAUACUGUAUUUGGUGACACUGAUGCAUUCAAAGUGUGUUUUUGUUUUUAUAUGAUACAGUACUUUCUAACUCAAAUCACCCUCGAACAUGCAAUUCUCAAUGUGUCUGUGAGAUGUUACCAAGUGUUUGUGAAAAGCUAAAUAUUAAAAAACUUUAUUUUAUUAUACAUAAGCAUUUUUAUUAUUUGUAUGCAUAUCAACAUACUGUACAGUACUCCAAAUACCUUUGUUCAUAUACAAUUAACUUUUCUGUUAAGUUUCCCAAUGAAGCAUACAGUACUUGUAUGUACAGUAACUAACAUAUUACUAUUAGAAACAUUACCUGCAAAGCCUUGAUAAUUUAGAUUUCUGGGAUCGUGAAAAGCUACUAAUUGUUAACAGUAUUGUUUAAUAUCGGACCAAGGAUUGGGUUACAAGAACAGUACUCUUUUUAACAUUUAUAAAGUAUACUCCUGGCCAAGUGUUGCAAAAGUGAAAGUUGUAGUUUCAAAUGAAAAACAAGACUGUGUGCGGUUGUAUUUGAACAAAAAGUCACGUAUUUAGGUAUGUGCAGUUCAAUUGAGUGUUCCUCCGUUUUGACAAUUCCGCAUGUAUACUAACACCAAUGUUCCCUCCAGUAUUCUCAGUGCACAGCAAAUCUAUGCCGCACGCAAAAUAAAAUCUAACAUGAACUGUAAAUAAAAUAAACACAGAACAAUUUAUUGUUUACUAUUUUGCAAUGCAACUCCAUCAAUGACAGGCGACAAGGCAUUAGAUAUAAGCGAGUACACCACUAUCUUUAUCUGUAUCUGUUCACCCAUCUAAAUUAUCUGUACCAGUAUCUGUACUCUGAGUGGGCGGGGCAUACACCGGAAGUGGUUGUGGUGUAAUUAGAAAUGGGUGGGGCUAAAAUCUUAAAUUAUUUUAAGUCUGAAAUUGACAUGGAUUGAUCAGAAGUUGCUAUAUUUAUUGUUUAUCAUUCAGCUAUAUGUGUACUGUUAUGUGUGUAAGUGAUCUGUAAGACUUUUAUUUAAUUAUUUUUUAAUGAUCCGUGUGAAGUUGGUGAUUUAUGCAAACAUCCAGUGAUGGCAAACAGGGAUAUAAUCUGUCAGCCUUGUUCACUGUAGUUUUCUGAAAAGCACUACAUUCAGUACUAUGAGCAAAGUUUUCCAAUUGAAUUUAUAUCACCAGCCAAAUUAGAAGCAAGGAGAUGGGGGAAAAAAACACAAACACAGGCAGUGGCUGACGCAACACGAGCCGUUUACCGCUCUGUCUUGUCAAAUGCACUGCAUAUGUUACGAAACAAGUUUACCAAGUAACUUUAGAUACAAACCGAAAUACCGAAAUAGAGGCAAGCUGAGGAAAACCUAUAAAAACCCGUCUGGAGUGGAGGCAGUGACCAACACUACAUGAGCCGUUGUCAACUCUGUGUUGCCAAUUGCACCGUGUACAUUAUGAGACAAGUUCAGCAACUAACUUUAAAUAUCAUACAAACCGAAAUAGAGGCGAGCUGAGGAAAACUGAGUACUAAUUCGAGUAACGUGAGCUGGAGUCAAGCCACUGUCUGUGUGGGAAACAGUGAGGCUGCAGCCUGCAGCAAGUCUGUCUAGGGAUGGGCGGUCGAGCAUCAAGAGUGAACACAUAUGUAGUUACCCAAUGAGGAUUUUCCUCCAGCAUGAGUACGGAUAAUGACGAGCUGUACUCGUUUCAUGCAUCGAUCAUGAAUUGGAUGAGAUACUUCUGUGGCUUGUUUUGUCUGAGGUUGACGAUAAAGAAAGCUACAUUGUGAAAUACGCCUUGCCACCCUUUCAAACCCGCUCAUAUAGAAUAUACCACAGAAGGGAAGUAUACCUUACUGUAAGUUCUCAGGUUUUCGGUCAGGUGUGAUACUACAGUUUGCAUGUCUGAUGGUGCUCACAGUGGUGCAAGGAAUGCUCAAAUCGUUUGCAUCUAUGCUCAGACACUUGAAAAAUUUAGGGGAAGAUUUCUUAUUACCAUCAAAAAUCCUCUUCAGAUACUUUAUUACUGGUGUUGAAAUAAUGUGGUCAUGAUAGGGUUGCCAACUCCCUGAAAAAUAAAUUAGGUACACUUGCUCGGCAGGGCUGGCCAACCUGAUUGUCUGUACCCUUCUUGACAUGGAGAUUUGUUUAUUUGCUUGAAACUGUUGAAACCUGACUUGUUUUGAUACAUGUUUUGGAGCAACACAAAUACAUGUGAAACAAAUUGUUCUAUAAUACAUUUUUUUGUGUAAAAUAACAAAAUGAACAGAAUAAAAUAAACUGUCUUUUGGGUUUUUCCCAUUAAGGGUCGCCACAAUGUUUACUGUACACCAAGUCCCCUGCCUGCGGAUUGAACCGGCGCCCUCUGCCACAAAAGGCAAAAGCAAACUGGGGUGUCCAAACUUCUUCCACGAAGGGCCACGUACUAAAAAAUGAAAGAAUACAAUUUCGAGAAAAACAUGCAUCUCAGCUUUGUGAUAUAAAUGAAAAAGUGUAUUACUCGUAUGAACUUAAGUCUUCGCUCUUUUUUCCCAUAUUUGCUGUUGAUUUGAAAAACUAUUCCACUAUUUCAACGUUCUUCUUAAAUAAUCUUUAUUAAAUUUUCCUUGUAAUAUUAAUACAUUAUUCCCAUAAUAUUAGAACUUUUUCCCCCAAUUUUUUCAAAAAAUUACAACUUUAUUUUGUUUUGUUUGUUCCU